AUGAUUGAGCAAGCCGUUGUCAUCGCGGCAUCUGAGCUCAACCGCUUGCGUGAGAACGCAAAACUCCUCAGCAAGGAAGAGGAAAUCGAGCAGAAGAAACGCGAGGAGGAGGCCCUGGCCGAGCGCCAAGCGAAGUCCAUCGCGAGAAAGGAGAAGAUCAGGCAAAUGGAGGAGGAGCGAAAGAGAAAUGCCAUUCAAGCUGAGACGGCCAAGGAUGCUCGAGGAGCCAAAGGUGGCGUGCUGGAGCGGGCCAAGCAGAUGCUGGACGAGGACAUGGACGACGUCAAGCACAUGAACCAGAUGAUGCUCUACUCCAAGAUAGUGACUAUCCGCGAUGCGCAGAUUCAAGAGAAGCGCAUGGUUCAAGCCGAGAAGGAGGAAGAGGAGCGACACCUCGAUGCCAUGAUGGAGAUAGAGCGCCUCAAGGCUCUGAAAAUGUACGAAGUUCGAGAGCAGGAGCGGAUGCAGUCGCAGCGGGCCGGUGCCAAGGUGAUCAUUGAGCAGAUCAAGGACCGACAAGCACAGCGAAUGAAGGAGGAGGAGCAGAGAGACCAGGAGCGAUCCUUUGUGCUGAAGCAGAUCGAGUCUCUCAAGGCUGAGGAGGUAGAGCAGCAGCAGCAGAAGAAGCUGGCGGCUGAACGGCUCAUGCAGGAGGUCAAUGAAGCCAAUGGAGCCGCCAUGAAGAUCAAAGAGGAGCGCAUGCUCGCUGAAAAGCUUGAAGAGCAGAAGAUCAUCGAAUACCAAGAGGCCAAGGAGCAGCGGGAGCGCGACCUUGAGGCCGAGAAGUCCCGGCUGGCUGCCGAUAAGGAGAGAGAAACCGCCAGGCUGAGGGCAAUGCAGGAGAAGGCUCAGGACAAGGCAGCUGAAAUGGAUGCACUCCGGGCAAAGAGAGCCAUGGAGGCAGCUGAGAGGGCAGCACGCCAGAAGGAGGCAGCAGAGAAGCAGAAGCAGGAUCGCAUGAACGCCGAUCUCAAAGAGGCGCGCUUCCAGCAGCAGGCAGAGAAGGAGCGCCGCUUGGGCGAGCAGGCGAAGUUCGAGCGCGACGAGUUCGAGCGCAUCAUCGAGGUGCAGAUGCAGCAGGAGGAGGCUGAACGGCAACGACAGGGUGAGGAGCACCACAUGCGCCUCCAGCACGCUCAGGAGCUCCGACAUCAGAUCGCGGCACGAGAAGAAAAAGCUUACCAGGAGCGACGUGACUUCCUUGAAGAGGGGAACUCCGUACGAGCAUCCAUCGGCAACGAGCGCAAGAAGUUAGAAAAGAUCAAAGCUCGUGCCUUGCCUGCACAGCGAGGGCAUGUGCGGAAGUACAGUGUCAUGACGGUUGGGAGUCGGGAGUAUCUGACGGUCAUUGUGGACUUUGAGUCUUCAGGGCCCGAGCGUGUGAGAAUCAGGCAAGAUCGAGGAGCUCAAGAAGAGCGGCGUCCCCGAGAAGUACUGGGCAGAGCUUGCAAGGCGGAAGAGACAUAA